AUGAACCCGUUCGUUCUCCGCACGGCCUCGCGCCACCUCCGGGCGGCAAACCGCCUAUAUGCAGCACCUGCCACUGCCGCGUCACUCGCCAAUUCCAAACGUGGAUAUGCGACUUUUGACUGGGAAGACCCUCUGGUUGCAUCCGAACUGUAUACUGAGGAGGAGUUGGCAAUUCAAGAUACCGCCCGGCAGUACUGCCAGGAACGUCUGCUGCCUCGUGUUCUCGAUGCCUACCGAAAUGAAGACUACGACCGCAAGAUUCUCGAGGAAAUGGGCGAGCUCGGCCUUCUCGGCGCCAGCAUCGAAGGAUACGGAUGCGCAGGAGCCAGCACCGUGGCAUCUGGAUUGAUCACCAAGGAAGUUGAGCGCGUGGAUUCGGGAUACCGCUCAGGGAUGUCGGUGCAGAGCUCUCUGGCAAUGACGGCCAUUCAUGACUUCGGUACGCAAGAGCUCAAGGAUCGCCUCCUCCCCGAGCUGGCGAAGGGCAAGUUGGCUGGCUGCUUUGGCCUCACCGAACCCAACCACGGCUCCGACCCGGGCUCUAUGGAAACAGUGGCACGGGAGCAUCCCACUAAGAAGGGAUACUACUUGUUAUCUGGUACCAAGACCUGGAUCACCAACUCCCCGAUCUCGGACAUCAUGGUUGUCUGGGCUAAGCUGCAGACCACGGGCAAAAUCCGGGGGUUUGUCGUCGAGCGCAGCCAAUGCCCUCCUGGCACGCUGGAAACCCCCGCCAUCAAGAACAAGACCGCUCUGCGUGCCUCGAUCACGGGCAUGAUCCAGAUGGACGACUGUCCUGUCCCUGCGGAGAACAUGUUCCCGGAGGUACAGGGCCUUGCGGGUCCUUUCACAUGUCUUAAUAGUGCUCGGUUGGGUAUCGCGUUUGGCGCCAUGGGUGCCCUUGAGGACUGCUUGGACCGGGCCCGGACGUAUGCCCUGGAAAGGAAGCAGUUCAAGGGCAACCCAUUGGCGAAGUACCAACUGAUCCAGAAGAAGCUGGCGGAUGCGGCGACGGACGCGGCUUACGGUACCCUGGCUGCGACGCAAGUAGCGCGGUUGAAGGAUGCUGGCAAAUGCACCCCUGAAAUGAUCUCGAUGGUUAAGCGACAGAACUGUGAUCGUGCCUUGGCUAACUCGCGGAUACUCCAAGAGGUCUUCGGCGGCAAUGCGACCAGCGAUGAAUACCAUAUUGCCCGCCACGUUGCCAACUUGUUCGUGGUGCAAACCUACGAGGGACAGAGUGACAUUCAUACUCUAAUACUUGGACGGGCCAUCACGGGCGUUCAAGCCUUCGUCUAG